AUGAGUUCCAUUGCGAUGAGAUUACCGAGAACCCUUAGGGUCUCUCGAUUUCUGAAGUGUAGAAUGCAUUCUGUGUUCUGCAGUGGGAACAAAAUUAUCCUCCCAACAACCGCCAGUUUGGCGUUUAGUGUCCUUUCUCCUGCUUCUCCUGUGUAUUCCCGAUUUUUAAACAAGGAGGGUGCCAUCUUCGAGGAAAAGAAGAUAGUCUGUCCUCUGCACAGUUAUCAUGAGUCGAUUCACAGCCAGAUAGAAAAGAUGAAAGAGAAAGCUCGUCCUAAAUCGAUUAUUGAACUUUUCGUAAUUGCUUUUGAGAAGAUUGGAAGUUGUUUCCAACUCGUCUUGCGAGCAGUGUUUCAUCUUGCUAUCUUUGCUCCAGUUGCUAUGACGUCUUGGUUUCUCUUUUUCCCUAAGCUGCGCUUGCCUUGGUAUCACUUUCUGAUGAUUUCUCUUCAAGUGUGUGGUGCUACCUUUGUGAAAUUGGGGCAAUGGGCAGCAACGCGCCCCGAUAUUCUUCCGCUGGAUAUGUGUCGUGAGCUAAGUACUCUCUAUUCGACAACGAGGUGUAUCGAAUUCCCAAAAAUGAAGAAAAUCAUCGAAAGAGAGCUGGGACAAAAGCUGGAGGAUGUUUUUGAUGAGAUCGAUUUGACUCCGUUGGGAAGUGGCUGCAUUGCCCAAGUCUAUCGAGCUCGCUUAAAGAAUUCGAACGACUGGGUCGUUCUGAAAGUCAAACGACCCCAUAUCGAUGCGUAUUUCGAGAGCGAUCUCCAACUCCUAUCGCUUCUGUCCAGUUGUCUCGGCACGAUUCCCUGCAUGCAGUACAUGAAGCUGCAAGAAUCCAUCGCAAUCUUCACAAAAAUGAUGUAUCAGCAGCUGGACUUCCGCAUCGAAGCAGUGAAUCUGAUUCAUUUCCGAGAGAACUUCAAAGACGAUGACCAAUUUGUGUUCCCCGAUCCCUACCUCAAUCUCACAACCCCUCAUCUUUUAGUCGAGUCGUACGAAGCAGGAACUCCUCUGCCCGUUCUAAUGGAGCAUUCCUCGUCCAAGAAUGCUGAGAUUGCCUAUCUCGGGUUUAUGGGCUUUCUCCACAUGUUAUUAGUCGACAAUUUCCUCCACGCCGAUCUUCAUCCCGGAAACAUUCUGGUGCGUGAGAGCGUUCCUUGCCGCAUCCCUCUCAAGAAAUCCAUCUGCCACCGCUCCUUUCGCUUCCGCGAAUCCCAUUCCCAGCUCGUUUUUCUCGAUACCGGCCUCGUCAACGAGCUCGAAGAAUCCCAGAAGCGAAACUUCGUCGAUAUCUUCAUCGCUCUCGCGCAGGGCAACGGCUACGAGGCGGGCCGUCUCCUCGUCGAGCGAGCGCCGCAGCCGUCGCCGCCAGUGAUCGAUCCGGAAGGGUUUAUGCGGGACAUCGGCGAUUUGGUGAAUGAAAACAUGGAGGACGGCGUGUUCAACCUGGCCAAUCUCGAGAUUGCGAAUGCGCUAACGCGGAUGAUGAGCUCUUCGCUCGCACAUCACGUUACUCUCGACUGCCGAUUUGUGAAUCUGUUCAUGUCGGUCGUCAUCCUCGAAGGCGUCGGCCGACAGCUCGAUAAGAACCUUAAUAUCAUUGCGGCAGCGCUGCCAGUCAUGCGAUAUGCGUUCCCGCAGUAUGGAGAGGUAGGCGAAGGAAUGGAGGUAAGACGCAGGCUGCGAUGUCGGCGAUUAAGGAGAAUCCUUCUUCUAUCGAGUCAUUGAAAAUGGCGCUCAAGUCGGUGAGAAAAACGUGGCGUACGAUAUCGAAGCAGAGACAUCACGCGGAAGAGGUUGCGAAAGAGUCAGAAAAGGGUAGGCGUGAAUAGGAGAGGUGAGGUUUAGUUGUGAUGAGUGAAAAUGUGGACGAUCUGGGAUAUUCGAUGCUCAAGAAUCUGUAUGACAAAGUGGAGCGGACUCAAAGUAAUUGAUCAAUAAUAAGAAAUAUAUAUAUAUAUAUAUAUAAAAUAUAUAUAUGAAUAUACAAA